AAUUAAUACUAAGAUGGCCCUUUGUAUGAUAUGAGGGUGUAACAUAGAAUAUAGGCUAGAUCUAUUCUUAAUAGAUAUAGGCUAUCGUUUCCUUGACAUUUAGAAUAAAUUGCAACCUCACUCGUAAUAGCCCACAUGCAAACUGCUGUGUGUGACCUCAUCUACAACAUCACCAUGAGUCGCUUACACACCAUCGAGCGCCUCGGCUUCCAGUCGGUGCUGAAGCAGGAGAUCGCUUUCUUUGACAAAGCUCAGACAGAUGCCGGGGAGAAGGGAGGCCAGGUUUCAGGAGGGCAGAAGCAACACAUUGCCGUCACCAGAGCUCCGAUCAGACGGCCUCGGAUUCUAGUGCUGGACGAUGUCACCAGUAACGUGGACACAGAGAGCGAGCAUUUGUCUACCCCAGCCAGGUGCAAAUUGGGGAGGGACACAACAAAUGAAUAGCUUUGCUAUCCAAUUGUUAGUAGUUACUGUCUUGUCUCAUCGCUACAACUCCCGUACGGGCUCAGGAGCGACGUACGGGAGUCCUCCGAAACACAACCCAACCAAGCCGCACUGCUUCACACAGCGCGCAUCCAACCCGGAAGCCAGCAGCACCAAUGUGUCAGAGGAAACACCAUACACCUAGCGACCUGGUCAGCGUGCACUGGGCCCGGCCCCCCACAGGAGUCGCUAGUGCGCGAUGAGACAAGGAUAUCCCUACUGGCCAAACCAUCCCUAACCCGGACGAGUGUUUUCCGCAUUCUAGAUUGCAGCCGGAAGCAACAAGAAGCGCUGUGAUGUGUGUGGACCCAAGGACAGGGAGACACAAUACACAUGCAUCAAGUUCAAGAAAUACGUUUGCAACACACACACAGUAAAACUCUGUCCCUCAUAUGGUGUGUAGACCGGUCUUCAUUUAUGUUCAACGAGGCUCAUUUAUCAUUUCCAUCAAAUACUGUAUGUAAAAAUGUGUCCUUCCAAUUUGUUCAGUUCAAAGCAA